UGACGUCAAAUGUGCCGUUCUUCACAUUUUUUUGCCACAAAAAACUUGUCUGGACGAAGACCUACUUCUGACUGUAAGGGAACGUCGUGGAGUCGUUGAUUUAUUGUAAAUCCGAUAGAACACGGUUAACAGGGCAUCGGGGUGUCAGGCAGCAUGGCUAAGGUGGCCUUGAGAGCUGACGAAGCCCUGAUGAUGAUGCAGGAACUUGACGACCGCCUCAAAGAGCAGAUUGACAAACUGGAGCACAUCCGCCUGGCUGCCGUUGAGCUCAAGGACAACUUGUCUGCAGGCGACAGUGAUCUUUCUCAGUCUCUGAGUGAUCAUGUGGAGUGGUUGAAUCACUUGACAGAGCGCGUGGAGAGUCUGAACAUGAACACGUCUGUUUUUGUUCAGAUGAACCCAAAGCCUCGUGUGUGGUCAGGGAGGCAGACCUCCAAACACUGCUACCGCCGGGGCCGUGCUCUCCUGGCCGACGACGCGCAGUCCGAGAUAUGUUGGUCGCCCAUACGCACGCGAAGAAACAGCGAUGCCGCCUCCGAGAUGUCUUGUAACUGGUGACCUCUGACAAGGAAGGAUAUGACCUGAGAGACUUGUACUUUUGCCCACGCAUCACUUUCUGAAACUGAAGUACUGGUUUAUGCAUGGAUCUGCCACAUCCAAUAUGGUAGAUACUCUGACGUGUUUUACGGUUACCCUGCCUCUGCCUGACGUGACUCUUGUCCAACUCUCGUGGUGUCAAUAAAGCUUUGUGAAGCAUGCGUGGUGCUUGAUAGUUUUAGAAGGACAACACGACGCGUGCGUGUGGUAGCCACAAAUAGCAGCGAAAAAGUCGCCUUUUCCCCACGUUAUUUUUAUAUUUUGAGCCUUCAUACUCCACAUAGCGAAGAAAAUGGCGGAAAGCGACUGGGACACCGUGACUGUGUUGAGGAAGAAGGGGCCGAGCGGUGCUCAGGCCAAGUCCAAGCAGGCGAUCACUUCUGCUCAGAGACGCGGCGAGGACGUGGAGACCACCAAGAAAUGGGCCGCGGGGCAGAACAAACAGCACCUGGUCAGCAAGAACACGGCCAAACUGGAUCGCGAGACGGAAGAGCUGCACCACGACAGGGUCUCCUUGGAGGUGGGCAAGGUCAUCCAGAAGGGUCGCCAGGAGAAAGGAUUCACCCAGAAGGACCUCGCCACUAAAAUCAAUGAGAAACCGCAAGUGAUCGCCGACUACGAGAGCGGGAAAGCCAUCCCCAGCAACCAGGUCAUGGGGAAGAUCGAGAGAGCCAUCGGCUUAAAGCUGCGCGGGAAGGACAUUGGUCUACCUCUGGAGCCAAAAUCCAAGGCGAAAUGAAGGCAAAGCCUCGAAAUCAGCCCAUCCUCAGGACCCCGACCCCCUUCACCCACUUCCCCCGUCUCCCCGGGCUGAUCGGUCCAGCGUUCCCGCUGAGGAACUGACUGGGCACUUCACAUCACGGGCUGCGCACGGAUGUGACCAAACAACACAAGACAAGGUGUCCCUAAAAGCGCGAAAGCUUCUGCUUUUCGGUUCUUUUGCUUCCACUUACCCUGGCGUGCAGAUGACUACGAUGAUGAUGAAAUGCGCUGAGGUCAAGCAGUCGCCAGCAUGCUUACGGCCAAAUGUGCUUGACCAUGGCAUCUUUUUAAACUCACUUAGCGACAGUUGACAUGGAUGUCACUAACAAUCAAAAGCCUUUCUGAUGCUCUGCUAAGUUUUCAUUGCAAAUAAACGUUGAAAAUUCACA